AUGCGGGCCUCCAGGAGCCGUCCGACUUCUUCUAGGCGCCCCCUCUCCUCGACGAGAGCAGCGUGGUCCCUCUCGAGCUCUGCUCGCUCCGCCGCCACGGCCUCCUCCAGCCGCUCGAUCACCUCCCGGGCGCUUCCAAGUACGUCUGGGAGGGGUUCCGGGGCUUGGCUGGACAACGGCCGGGCGCUGGGGCCCCUGCGAGCCCUCUCUGCAGAGGCGCUCGGGGUCCCCAAUGACGGCCACGCCAGCGCGGCCACCCUUGCCGUGACCACUUCCACCGCUGCCGCCUGCUCUGUCCUCGGGGUGGGCUUGGCCGGCACCGGCUGCUCGGGUGCGGCCGCUGCCCUCGGCUCAGGGCAGGGCGGCGCCCGCGGCUCUGGUUCUACCGGCGUGCUCAGCUCAGGCGCGGGCACGGGCGCGCUCGGCUCAGGAGCGGGAGCCGGCCUCGGCGCCUCUAGUCGCCUCUAG